AGCCGGUGGAGUGACUGUCGGCAUGGAGGCAGGAUCGGUUACAUCGUCUGUGUUUGCCCAAAUCAAAAUCCACUGUGCGAACAAAAUUAACUAAAACGCUCCUUGCUUCGGUUCCCCUCUGUCACGAAUUGAAUGCCGAAAAGCGACGUUUCUCUACACAGUACGAAGCUUCUCCUUGCCUCCUCUCCCAACGGAAACCCUCGCGCUUGUCUCUCGAAUCUUUGGCGCUCGUAUUUAAGGUUUUCCUAGCGAAAAGAUUCGGUCGGAGAGGCAAUGGAGAGCAAGAAAAAGAUGAAAGAGGUAAUUCGAUUGGAGCGGGAGUCGGUAAUUCCGGUUCUCAAGCCGAGGCUGAUCAUGACCUUGGCCAACCUCAUUGAACAUAGUUCUGACCGGCAAGAAUUUUUAAAGCUUUGCAAGAGAAUUGAGUACACAGUUCGUGCUUGGUAUCUUCUACAGUUUGAGGAUCUGAUGCAAUUGUACUCCCUCUUUGAUCCUGUCCAUGGGGCACAGAAAUUGAAGCAGCAAGACUUAUCUCCGGGAGAGAUUGACAACCUUGAAGAAAAAUUUUUGACGUACUUAUUUCAGGUAAUGGAUAAGAGCAAUUUCAAGAUAGCAACUGACGAAGAGAUUGAUGUUGCUCAUUCUGGGCAGUAUCUUCUAAACCUUCCUAUAACAGUUGAUGAGUCUAAGAUUGAUAAGAACCUGCUGAAGAGGUAUUUUGCAGAGCAUCCUCGAGAGAAUCUUCCAGACUUUGCUGAUAAGUAUGUAAUAUUCCGCCGUGGCAUUGGACUUGAUCAAACAACUGAUUUCUUCUUCAUGGAGAAAGUGGACAUGCUCAUUGGUCGUUUUUGGGCAUGGCUUUUGAGAAAGACCAGACUAGAAAGAGUUUUGACCAGGAAAUCAACUUUGAGGAAGAAAGAUCCAAAAAAAGAUGAUGAAACUGGUGCUGACAUACAGGAGGAUGACUUAUUCGUUGAACGGAUCCGUCUUGAGACCAUGGAAAUCAGUUUUCGCAAUCUGCUGGGCAAAAUCACCAUCCAAGAGCCUACCUUUGACAGGAUAAUUGUUGUUUACAGGCAAGCAAGCACCAAACUAAAACAAGAACGAGGAAUAUUUUUGAAGCAUUUCAGAAACAUCCCAAUGGCUGAUAUGGAGAUUGUUCUUCCAGAAAAGAAAAAUCCAGGUUUAACACCAAUGGACUGGGUCAAAUUUCUGGUUUCUGCUGUUGUUGGGCUGGUUGCAGUAGUGGGUUCGCUUGACAUGCCUAAAGCUGAUCUUUGGGUCAUAUUUGCUAUCCUUUCUACUGUGAUUGGCUAUUGUGCCAAGACAUACUUCACGUUUGAGCAAAAUAUGGCUGCAUAUCAGAAUCUAAUUACAGAGUCUAUGUAUGACAAACAGCUGGAUAGUGGAAAGGGCACUCUUCUUCACUUGUGUGAUGAUGUGAUUCAACAAGAAGUUAAAGAGGUAAUUGUUUCAUUUUACAUACUGAUGGAACAGGGAAAAGCUACUCGACAGGAUCUUGAUCUGAGGUGUGAAGAACUAAUUAAGGAGCAAUUUGAGGAGAGUUGUAACUUUGAUGUGGAUGAUGCUGUUCAAAAGCUAGAGACGUUGGGAAUCGUUGCCCGGGAUUCGAUAGGAAGGUACUACUGCGUUGGCUUGAAGCGCGCUAAUGAGAUCAUUGGCACCACCACAGAGGAACUCGUCCAAGCAAAACAGAGUGGUAUCACUUCUUGAUGUUUUUCCCAGAGACUCUGUGCUCUGGCUGCGCUCUUUGAGAGUCCUUUUGAAAUUCUUGGGUGUGAGUAGAUAUGUGUUGCCUUUACAUUCAAACCAUCUCACCGAUCUGUGCUGUGCCAACUUCCGUGGGGUUACCCUUUCAUUGUAUAUGUUGAUUAAUUCAUUGUUUAGUUUUCUUAGUCAUUUGCAUCCAUAGGGUAUAGAGGUAGAGCGGUAUAGUGGGAUGAAGGGUUGACUUCUUGCUUGCACUCUCUAUAUUUGUUUUCAUGUCCGACACUUUUUAAAGGUGGAAGGAGGAGUUUGCAGGAUUGAGCUAUUUUGUGUGUUGGGGGGAUUAAAAACACUUGUAUAAUAAUGUCACAGUUGUAAUUCUAUAAUUAUAAAUUGUAAUGUACCAUUACUCCAUAACAUGUCC